AUGGCUGCUGUACUCUGUGAGAAUUGUUCUGGCCAGUACCAUACCACGCAGGUCAACCAGCCUCUUGAGUUCAGCAGCAUGUUGCUUCUCAUCAUGUUUGGGAAAGUGCUCCUUGAUUUCUUCAUGUUGCAAGUGAAGCAAAAAGAUGCGAAAGCUAGUUUCAUGGGAUACUUUUGUGUGUCACUGGCACUCCUGGAUUUCACACUGCUGCUGAGUAUAUCCUUCAUUUUCUAUUUUGAGGACUUUGCACUCUGGGGUGUGCGAUUUACAAAGUACCACAUCUGCCUGUUCACUCAGAUAAUUUCUCUUACCUAUGGUACCUUGCAUUACCCAGUGUAUCUUGUGGCCAGCAUGGAUUACUUCAUGACUAUAGCCCAAGCCUCUCGAUCUCCUAGAAGAGCUCACAUAUUACUUUAUGUAUUUGCCGUGGGUUUUAUAUGGAUUUCAGUUUUUUUUUAUAUUCUGAAAGCUCCCACAACUUACGAAGAACUAGAAAUUCAGAACCGUUUUUCUUCUUAUCAGUGUCCCCUCUAUGCCAGCUUGCAGAACUACUCAGUCUCCUGUGCCAUGGUGCUUCUCAUAGGCGUGGCUCUCCUGGCAUGUUGGAAGGAAGUUAUAACCAUGCUGCUGUCCAUCAGAGUGAUUUCCUUCGCCAGUCAGCCCGUUCUGAUGUUCUCUUAUAUGUCUAACAACAGCACUUGCUUUAAGCGGCAGCUUCUGCCCCGACUCCUCAUCUGUUUUCUUGGCACUUGGGCGCCUUUUGUUCUUCUUCAGAUCAUCAUUUUGUUUCUGGGUGCUCAGAUUCCAGCCUACAUAGAGAUGAACGUCCCUUGGCUGUACUUCAUCAACAGCUUUCUCAUCGCCGUCGCAUACUGGUGUUGCUGUCAUGAUGUUGAAUUGACAGAGGAGAUGUGGUCUACAGACCCAUUUGUCAGCUGGAAAUUCUGCUUUAUGCCAUUUAACAAUGAAACCCCAGAGCCAGCUGAUAAGCCAGGCACAGUAAUUGUUAUCUGUUAA